AUGGUCAACUAUCAAUCGGCGCCGUACGCGCGGCUUGGCCAGGGACUUGCGCCGCCAGAUUCCGCUCGCGGCCUACCUUGCAACGGUAACGGCAACGGCAGCGGUAGCGGCACAAGAAGCGCCGGUAACAGUGGAACUGCUGCUUCAUCGGGACCGCAUUCCAUUUCCGAGAACCAAGGAGCCGAUCAGGGUCGUCCUCAGGAACCAGCGCCUGGUGAGUGGAAUCUCUCGUUUUGCAUCAUGUUCAUCCCCCUAGUCCCCAAAAGACCAUCUCUCCUCCGGAUCCCUUUCGUGGAGAUCACCUCAUUUCAUCAAGCCGGUGGACCCCCAAAUCGGAAUUAUUGCUGCUGCUGCUGCUGCUGCUGCUGUUGCUGUUGCUGCUGUUAG